CUUGUCUUCAAAUAGUUUUGAAGCUUCCACUGCAUUUCUAGAGAGAGAGAGAGAACGCACGAGCUUCAAUUCUAUCACAGCCUCGGAGGUGUAGAGAGAGAAAGAGGUGAGCUGUUGUACAGAGAAGAAAGAGAGAGAUAGAGGGGUAGGCGUAGACAUGGCGGCCUUCGAAGGAUACGGAAUCGACGGAGAAGCAGCGGUCCAAGCUUCGAACCACGGGUCCUUCCACGACGACGACGGCGGCGACCAGGAGAGCUACUCCAACUUCGGCUCCUACUCCAACUUCGCCAGCGGCACGCCGGAGUUCUCCACCGGGGACAUCCCCGUGGAUCAGCCCGCCGCCGACGCCUCCCCCGACGGAUUCGGAUUCGGAUCUUCUUCAGCUGAGCUGGAUCCGAACCCUGGCUACUCCCAGGGCCCCUUCGGCUCGAUCCACGCCGAGAACGGCAACGGCAAUGGCUACGGCGAGGCUGACGAAGGCAUCUUCACUUCCGAUGGCCCCGUGCUGCCUCCGCCGACUGAGAUGGUCGAGGAAGGCGCUGCUCUUCGCGAGUGGCGGCGUCAAAACGCUAUCUACCUCGAGGAGAAGGAGAAGAAAGAGAAGGAACUGAGGCAGCAGAUAAUCGAAGAAGGCGAGAAGUACAUUCUUGCUUUCUACGAGAAGCGAGCUCUCAACAUUGAGACGAACAAGACAACCAACAGAGAAAGGGAAAAGAUUUCCUUGGCCGGCCAGGAGAAAUUCCACAAGGAAGCCGACAAGCAGUACUGGAAGGCAAUAGCCGAGAUCAUCCCUCGCGAGGUUCCUAAUAUCGAGAAGAAGAGAGGCAAGAAGGAUCAGGACAAGAAGCCUUCCAUCACUGUGAUGCAAGGACCAAAGCCCGGUAAACCAACCGAUCUCGCCAGGAUGCGUCAGAUACUCCUGAAGCUGAAGCACACUCCACCGCCGCACAUGGUCCCUCCACCACCACCUCCUGCUGCUCCUGCCAAAGACGGGAAGAAGACCGCCGACCCCAAAGAUGCCGCCAAGGCCGGGAAAGAACCGGCUUCUGCCUCCACCACCACCACCACCACCAAGGACGCGACUGCUAAUGGCACGACUGAUCAUCAACCAGAGACUCCUGCUGCCACCGCUGCCGAGGAGACUGCCCAGCCCGCUGCAGAACAGGAAUCGACGCCGCCAAGUGCCUAGGUUCUGAACCUCCCCUUCCUCUCAUCACUCAUCUGAUUCCAUACUUCCUUUUUCUUAUGUAUGAUCUUUAUAAUUGUCCGACGGAGUUUCCCAUUUGGGUUCUUCGUGAUUCGAGGACCUUGUACCUGGAUCUGUUCAUAUGGAUCCUGCUCCUUGACAGGUCGAGGUUUCCUCUCUAGUCCUUUUCUUCUUUCCCGCUCUUUUUUGUUGUAUUCUCGUGUUGUAUUGUAUGAACGUGUUUUCUUUUUGCUUGUUUUGCUAUUAGUUUGAAUAGAGAGACAUACCAUAUUCUUUUCUCCUAUGUUUGUCGCCGUGUCCGGAAACAUUUACGUUGCGAUCAAACUGUUUUAUCAUGUAGUGUAGUUAGUUUGGGGUGUUAGACACUUCUGUGGAAUUCUUGAGAUUGUCGGAUUAUUGAAACCCGUGUGUUUGAAAUGGAUGGAUUACAUGAAUGAAGAUGUUUUUGAAUUGGUAAAUUUGGAAGGUUAGAUUAUUGGUUACGGUAAGUGGUUGGCAUAGUGGGUAACGCGAUACGUG